UAUAUCUACAGAAAAGCAGAAGCAUUAAUCAUUAGCUGUGCAGUAAGUCUGGCUGUGAGGAUGCAGCACGAUCUGCUCUGGAUGGGCUUCCUCUUUUUCAGCAUGUUUUCCUAUGGACAUCCUGAAGGGACAAUUAAACUGGCGGCAGAUAAAACUAUUCUACCAGCAGGGGGCAGUGUAACUCUGACCUGCACUGUGGAUAAUUCAGAUCGCUUCAUUAUUCACUGGUACAGACAUGAUUCCGAGUCGUCUCAAGGUCAGGAAAUGAGGAACUAUAAAGCAAACAAAGUCAUCAAUCUCUCAAAAGGAGGUCUGUACAGCUGCAGAGGAGGAAAUGAAGGAAAAGGAGGUUCAGUUUCAUACACAAAUUACAGCAACAUGGUCACUAUUGAGGAAACCCUUUCUUUUAAUGCCACUGUGACCUCUGACCACAAGUGGCCUCGGAUUUACGGAGGAGAGACGGUCACUAUCAGAUGUGAAAUCCAGGGAGGUGGACAAAUUAACUGGACCUACGAAUGGAGAAAAAACAAGACGCAUGAGAAAACAGCAUCUUCAGGUGAAUACAGGAUCUCCGGAGCCAAACAGUCUGACAGCGGAGCGUACAGCUGCAGAGGAAGAAGAGACAGGUUUUCCUCUACAGAGUGGAGUGAUGCUUUCUCAUUAACUGUAUCAGAUGAACUUGUCCCUGUCCUCUCUGUGUCUCCAUCAUGGCUGAGUCCUGGAGCCUCAGUGACUCUGAGCUGUGAGGUUGAAGAACCGUCUGCCAGAUGGAGGUUCUUCUGGUAUAAAGCUGUUCCUGAUCCACCAAACAGCUCCUACAGCUAUGAGCUGCUGCCUGGUAGCAUCAAUGGGACUAAAGAGAAUUCCUAUAAUAUUCAUGGACAGACAAAUACCACAGGAUACGUCUGUGAAGCAGGACGAGGGGAACAAGCUGUGAAAAGCAAACCGAAAUUUGUGUGGUCUGCAGAGUUUCAUCCUGGAUCCUCUCUCAAAGUGAAUCCUGACAGAGUUCAACACUUCAGCUCUGAUUCGGUCUCUUUCCACUGUGAAGGAAACUCUGCUGACUGGAGGCUGAUGAGGGUUUCAGAAACGGGCCAGCCUUCAUUUCUGAACUCAUCCAACUGGGGAACAAGAAAACAAUCCAUAAUCAGUAACUGGUCUGAUGGUGGAAUAUUCUGGUGUGAGUCUGGUUUGGGAGAAUUCAGCAAUGCAGUAAACAUCACUUUACAGAAUGAUGAUUCUGCUCCUCUCCUGCUGAGUCCUGUUCAUCCUGUGACUGAAGGAGAUCCUGUUACUCUGAGCUGCAGAGAUAAAAAACAACAACUUCUCUCCAAAGUGUUUUUCUAUCAUAAUGAUAAACUCCUCAGCCAUGACAGCAGAGGGGAGCUGAAUAUCUCUGCAGUGUCAAAGUCAGAUGAAGGUUUCUACAAAUGUCAACGUUCAGGAAAAGAUUCACCAAGGAGCUGGAUGUCUGUUAGAGUGUUUCUUGUAAACCUUCCCGCUCCUCUCAGCUCUUCAUCCAAUGUGCUGCUGAUCGUUGGACCAUUUAGUGGAAUCCUUCUCAUUAUUCUCCUGUUGUUUUUGUCUUAUUACAUACGCUCCAAAGCCCCUGAGGAGUCCAGAGAAGUUACCUACGCUCAGAUUGAAGUGAAAAACGUUGAAAAGAAGAGAAGGCCUCCGAAAACAGAAGAGGGCGCCGUUUACUCUGAAGUGAAAAGAGGAGCUGCAGAUUUGAUUCCGGAAUAUGAUGACAUCAACCAGCAGAACAAAGCCAAGAAAAAGAGGAAAGGAGAGUUGAGUCCUCCACCCUCAGAUGUAAUUUAUUCUGUAAUCAAAUCAGUACCCAUCAUGGAUAACAGUGCUACCAGGCAGGAUGUAGGGUGAGCUGAAUAAAUUUACAAUCUAUUAAACUCAAUGCAAUCUGUUUGAUUCAUUACACGAGUCAAAAUUUGGAUUAAACAUGCUCAGGUCAGCUUACCUAUAUACUUUUCAAUUGCAAGUUUGUGACAGAAGCAGUUUUUGAACGUGGAAAAACAUAUUAUAAAGCUCGUAGCUUCUGCGUGCUAUGGAAAAAUUCUGUUUUAACAAAAAAACUCAACUGUUUUAUUUACUAAAAAUCUUCUUUUUAACGUCUAAAUCAAUGUUGCGCAUGAUAAACACACUGUGUAUGUUUUAAGAUGAAUGAAUCAGCUAAAAUACAUUCUUAUUGUCAAGUUUGUACUAAUUUAUCUAUAUUAAAAUGGGUGAGUUGUUGCAUGAUAAUUUGUAAUGAGUUUAUUGUUUUACCAUUUAAGAUAACUACACAACUGCCAAACUUGCAUUUGAACUUGCUGUUAAGUUUCAUUACUUACUGAUGUGGUUGGAUUUAUUCUGGCAGAUUGUUCUUGUAUUUUGUUUGCCUAACGGUAUCUUGUUAACUUGUGUGAAAUAAUUUUUCAUCUGCAUGCGUUGACUAAAAAAAUAAAAACAUUAAAGGCCAUCUUUCCCCUUCCCUUCCU